GCAAACCUAACAUUCUCAUCCCAAAAAAACACAAACAAAAAUGCAUUGCAUAACCCUUAAACACCAAAUUUCUCCAUUACUCCCUAAUAUUUGCAGUACUACUAAUUUUGGUGUAUUUUUUAGACCAAAAUUAUAUACUAAUUAUAAUAUUAUUAAUAAUAAUGCUACAAAAUCAAGAUUAUCACGUGCAUGCUACCCCAUCCAAUGUGCUGUGGUCAAUAGUUCUAAUGCAAUUAUUGAUCGACGAUCAGCCAACUUUGAGCCAUCCAUUUGGUCUUUCGAUUAUAUUCAAUCUCUUACAAGUCAAUAUAAGGGAGAACCUUAUACAAGUCGAGUGAAAAAACUUGAGAGAGAUGUGAAAAAAAUAUUAGUUGAGAUGGAAAACUCUUUAGCUCAACUUGAACUCAUUGAUACAUUGCAAAGACUUGGAAUAUCUUACCGUUUUGAGAAUGAAAUAAAUUCUAUUUUGAACAAAAAAUAUGUCAAUAUUAAUAAUCCUAAUUAUAAUUUAUAUGCCAUUGCUCUUCAAUUUAGGCUUCUACGUCAACAUGGCUAUGCAGUACCUCAAGAGAUUUUUAAUCAGUUGAAGGACGAGAUAGAAAACAUCAAAAAACACAUAAAUGGUAAUGAUAUCAUGGGAGUAUUAGCCUUAUACGAAGCUUCUUUUUAUGAGAAAAAAGGCGAAAGUAUUUUAAAGGAAGCUAGAAUUUUCACAACUAAAUGUCUCAAAAACUACACUAUCAUGAUAUCAGAGCAAAAAAAGUUACUGAUUGAUAAUGAUUAUGAUUAUGAUAUCGAAGUAGUGAAUCAUGCUUUAGAGCUCCCACUUCAUCGGAGGACCACAAGAACAGAAGCAAAGUGGUUCAUUGACGCAUAUGCGAAAAAACAAGACAUGAAUCCUAUGUUGCUUGAGUUAGCCAAACUCGAUUUCAACAUAGUACAAUCAACACAUCAUGAAGAUCUAAAACAUAUAUUCAGGUGGUGGAGACAUACUAAACUUGGAGAGAAAUUGAAUUUUGCAAGAGAUCGAUUGAUGGAAUGUUUCUUAUGGAAUAUUGGAAUAAGAUUUGAGUCAAAAUUCAGCUAUUUUAGAACAAAAACUGCCAAAUUAUUUGAGCUAGUAACAUUUAUAGAUGAUAUAUAUGAUGUUUAUGGAACAUUGGAUGAAUUAGAGCUUUUCACCAAAGCUGUUGAGAGAUGGGAUGUGAAAAUGAUAAAUGAGUUACCAGAAUACAUGAAGAUGCCUUAUCUUGUUUUACACAAUACCAUAAAUGAUAUGGUAUUUGAGGUGUUAAGAGACCAAGAAAUCUCCAUCAACAUUCAAUAUCUUAAGAAAACGUGGGUCGAUAUGUGUAAAAGUUUCUUGCAAGAGGCAAAAUGGUACUAUAGUGGAUACACACCAACAUUGGAAGAAUAUAUUGAAAAUGGUUGGAUUUCAGUAGGAGCACCAGUUAUUCUUGUGCAUGCUUAUUUUUUUCACGCAAAUAAUAAUCGCACAAUUACAAAUACUAAAGAGAUUUUCGAAUGCUUGGAAUAUGGUUAUUAUCCUGCCAUUAUUCGUCACAGUGCCAUAAUAUUACGAUUUACAAAUGACCUAACAACAUUAUCGGAGGAAUUGAAAAGAGGUGAUGCUCCGACAUCAAUUCAAUGUUACAUGCAAGAAAAAAAUGUAUCUGAAGAGGAAGCUCGUGAACAUAUUAAGUUUUUAAUAAAUGAAGCAUGGAAGGAGAUGAAUAAUGAUGUUGGAUUAUAUCCAAUCUCAUUGACUGAAGAUGCUACAAACUUUGCUAAGAUGGGAUUUUUCAUAUAUCAACAUGGUGAUGGUCAUAGUUCUCAAGAUAAUCAAUCCAAACAAAAAAUUUCAUCCUUGAUUAUUGAACCUAUUCCCCUAUAUACAUAAUAAUAAUAAUUAUUAGUUAAUUAAAAUUAUCUUGUCUCCAAGAAAAAAAAACAUAUGAUCUGAGAUAUAUUAUAGAAGUAAUUAUAAAUAUAUAUUUGUUGUAAGUUUACUUUUAUUGAAUAAGUAUUUAUUUUGAAAUAUCUUAAGUUUUUUAUUUUCUCUCAAUUCAAUAAAAAAUUUAAAUUUGGUAUUUCGAUCA